GCUCAAAAUUGUCUGAAAUUGUUCUGCAAAACCCUUAAAACCACCUCCUCUGAGGUUUUAGCAGAGCAACAAUGGCGAAAACUGCAAAAGCUAACAAAAAUGACAGUUCAUCAAAGAAGAAGAAGAAUAAGAAGAGCAGCAAAUCAGGUCCAAAACUCAAAGACAUGAAACACAAAGCAGCCGCAAAAAAAGAAAACCCUUUCGAAACAAUUUGGUCUCGUCGUAAAUUCGACAUACUCGGGAAAAAACGUAAAGGUGAAGAACGCCGUAUCGGUGAAGCUCGUUCUUCUGCCAUCGAAAAGAGGAAAAAGACACUGUUGAAGGAGUAUGAGCAAAGUGCAAAAUCGUCAAUUUUUGUUGAUAAGCGUAUUGGAGAGAAUGAUGAAGGGCUUGGUGAAUUUGAUAAAGCUAUUUUGAGGUCUCAGCGUGAGAGACAG